AUAAUGAAAUAUUAUUGCUAAUUUAUGUAAAUUGGUAAAAAUAAUAGGAUUUCAAUGACUCUACAUACUCGUAGAUAUUUAAUUACUAAUAUACAAAAGGAAGUAGGUUAUUUAAGAACAAUGUGAUUGCCGUUACAAUUGUCUCGUCAUGGGCGGAAGCGCAAUCACUGUACCAUCUGAUUUUAUUGUGUCGAAAUAAUGUCCAACCUGCAUGGUUAUUGUAGCCCAUCAGUUUUAAAUUUGCAGGCGUUGAGUGACACUCGAUUAAGUGUAGUAGCAUAAAUUUCAAAUUUAGAAUUUAAACUUUAUCUGAAAUAAUCAUUAUAAAUUAUCAAAAAUGCAGAUAUUUAUUAUUUGGUGUCUCAUGUUGCUGUUUAACUCUGUUAUGGGCCAAGACCCCGUAGCAAAUUUGCCGCAAGGUCGUGUUGUAGGGAUUCAGGUUUUUACGGAAAAAUCACCUAAGCCGAUAGAAGCGUUUUACGGAAUACCUUACGCAUCUCCACCCAUCGGCCGGUUAAGAUUUUCUCCCCCGGAAAGACACACUGGUUGGAGGAGAACUUUAUUUGCUCACCGCAUGCCACCACGUUGCCGCGACUCCAUUGACGAAAGUGAAAAUUACAAGGAAGAUUGUCUGUACCUAAAUAUAUGGACGCCACGGCGAGUAGAUGGCAAAUUACUACCAGUUUUGAUUAUAUUGUACAGCGAUUCAUGGACUCAAAAUGGAAAAACGUUGCCAUGCCAAGAAUUAGCCGCAGAGGGCAUUGUCGUAGUUACUGUAGCGUAUAGACUUCACGUUUUAGCUUUUUUUACUUUAAAAUCAGUAAAAGCACGUGGAAAUCUUGGUUUAUUGGAUCAGUAUAUGGCUCUACUUUGGAUACGAGAAAACAUUGUUGCAUUCGAUGGAGAUCCUAAUGCAAUCACUUUGUUAGGACACUCUGCUGGUGCUGACAGUGUCCUUUAUCAUAUUGUAUCACCUCGGACGGCUGGAAUGUUUCAACGUGUUAUAAUGAUGUCACCCAACAAUAUUUGGAAAGCGAUAGAGAAAGAUGAUCAAAACUACUAUUCAACAGAAAAAAAAUUCCAAACUAUGAUAAAGUCCUUAAACUGUUUACGAGACUCAGAAAAUGAAAUACUUCAAUGCUUGAGAUCGCAAUCGUUAUCAAAUAUAUUUAGAUCAAUUUCGAACAAUUGGACAAACAUAUUUGAGCCGAUUGCGGAUAAUUUCUUACCCGACAAAGAGCAGUACUCACCACUUCCGUUAUCCUCUGCAUUAGUAUCGUCUAAGUUACCAAAUAUACAACUGGAUGUUCUUCUUGGAACAACAGACCUGGAUGCUAUACAUUAUGAUUAUAAUUACGAUGAGGCGAUAAAGCGAGGUCCAGAUUCCCUAUAUGAGCACGCGAGUGUGGCAGUUAUUCCGGAUAUCCUGCGUCUGUUAUCCAUAGAUCGACCAGAAACAUUACCACUUCUGACACAGGCUAUUCGUUGGGAAUUCCUAGGACCAAAAAUUCGUACAUCAAGGGACGAACAUAUUAUGAAGUUAAUAGAAGAAAUUGCACGAAUGGAAACAUCAGCUAAAUGGGGUGCUGGAUGUGCCCUUCUAGCAGCCAAACUUGCACGACGAGUUUCUCAGCUAUAUGUAUAUCGGUACUCAUUGCCGUCUGACAUAGAUUUGAACGGUCGUUCCCUUAAUUUUACAGGUGCAACACACGGAGCUGAUAUAUUGUCACUCUUAGGAAAUUCUCUAAUACUUCAAGUUGCCCGACGUCCUGCGAGUCAAAACGAAAAACGACUGUCAAUAUUAUUUAGAAAGUACAUUACUAAUUUUGUGAAAUUUGGAUCCCCAGAUAAUCAAAACGAAUGGUCUCGAUAUAUGGUGGGUGAUGCGUACAUUCACGAAAUUUGCAAAAAAGAGGACUCUAGUUGCAAUAGAUAUAAAACAAGUAAAGAAAUAGCUUUUUGGCUUCAAUAUUUACCCCGUUUGUUUUCCACGCUUACAUCUGGUGAACAAGCAGAAAAAGUUGUAAAUGCAAAUGAUGGGCAACGACUUCACGGAGGAGUAAUAGCAAUGUGCGGCGUAUCGCUUACGCUGUUACUUUUAUUGUGUUUUUGCGUAAUAAUUUUACAUAGAUUACGCACUCGAAGACCAAUAGACAUAGACGAACAUGAAGCUAAAAUUUAGUUUAAUACGAGAACCUAUAACUAUGUUAAAUAUGCUAAGUUGCAAGAAUUAUUGUAAAUAUAUUUCAUUUUAUACGGU